AUGGAGACUCCGCUGAAACGGUCUUCCGAUGACGCUGGACUGGAGUCGCCCAAGAGGUCUGCGCCGAAGAUCUCCAAAGCUCGUGCUUGCGCCGAAUGCAAGCGCCACAAGAUUCGCUGUGAAUUCCGACCGGGCGAGUCAACCUGCACUAAAUGUAUUCGCAGUGGUAUCAAAUGCGUCGUGAAUGACUUCUCGCAGAAAUUCGUGGACGACGAUGGCAUUUGGAAGGCCCAGGCAAAUGCGACGAUCAACCAGCUGCAGGCAGCGGUGUCGCAUCUGCUGCGACAGGGAGGACUCCCUGAGCUGUCGACUUACGCCGACACAGCGAAUGAUCUCAGCCCCGCGGCCUCGCACACUCGGCCCUCCAUCGAUGGGCGCUCCCAAACACAAGCCAGUCACGCCGAGGGACCGGGAGUCGUCAUGGACAUUACGCGGGAGCCAUCGCCGGAGCAGGAUCUCCAGGACCCAGAGCUAGUGCCGGCGCCAAUGCGCAGUCUCUACGAGGUGACCAAGUUACGAAACCUGCGAAACAAUCACGUCGAAGCCCCGAAGCAGACCUUACUCGAAGAAGACUUCAUCUCACGGGGACUGGUCUCGUUGCACGAGGCAGAGGAAUUGUUCGCUUACUUCAGUCGCACCAUGAACCAGCUACUCUGGGGGGGAAUCAUUCUUGUACACCGCGAUUUAACAUCCGUCCGAAGAGCAUCGACCCUGCUCUCCGCGGCCGUCUUGACCGUCGCAGCCCUGCAUAUCCCGAACCGCACCGAAACCUUGAACCGGUGCUACAGCGAGUAUGUAUCGCUGGUGUCGAGCAUGGCGCUCACGCGCGCCCACACCCUCGACGACAUCCGCGGUCUCUGUGUGGGCGCAUUCUGGCUGUCCGAAUUGAGCUGGAAACUCUCCGGACAUGCCGUGCGCAUCGCCACCGAGAUGGGCCUCCAUCAAAGCUAUCAGCGCCUGACGCGCGGGCACACGGAUCAAUAUGAAAGGGCCCAGCUUUGGUACUUACUGUACGUGUGUGACCACCAUUUCAGUAUCGCGUAUGGCCGGCCACCGGUCAUCCAUGAGGACGUGGUGAUUCGGAACUAUGAGACUUUCCUUGCGCUGCCGAUGGUUGUCCCCGGGGACAUUCGGCUCUUGGCGCAAGUGGCUCUGUUCAUGAUUUUGACCGAGGCGUAUCGCAUGUUCGGCAGUGAUACGGAGCAGGCCCUGACGGAGGAGGACUUUGGACAGCUGCGUGUAUACAACGUUGCCGUAGACCAAUGGCGACUUCUCUGGCAGCCUCGAUCCGCCGACAGUGCGUAUGUGCGAACAUAUCCGUCCAAAGGAGUCGUGCUGCAUUAUCAUUUCGCCAAAUUCCAGUUGAAUUCCCUUUCUCUGCGUGCGCUUUCCCCAUCCAAUACCCCCGUGUUCUCCAUGGACCGCAAAGAGUCCGCCAACAUCGCCAUCUCAUCCGCCAUGGCCUGUCUCAACAUGGUCCUGGAAGAACCCGACAUUCGAGACGCCAUUGUCGGCGUCCCCAUCUUUACUCAUACCAUGGUCACCUUCUCUGCCGUGUUCCUCCUCAAAGUCGCCAUCAACUGGAACACAGCCUACCUCAGCAUCAACGCCCGACAAGUCCGACGACUCGUGGAGCGCGUCAUCGAACUCAUGAACUGCGUUUCCGCCGGCGAGCGCCAUCUCACCCGUCACAUUGCACGCGGGCUUGGCAAGAUGCUCGAGCGCUUCGACUCCUGGGAAGCAGCCUGGCAAUUCCGCGAUGUAGAAGGCCGCGAAGUACCCGGCGGAGCCAACGCGAUGGCCCAGGGAUUCCCACCACCAGACCUGAUCUACGGAAUGGUCGGGACAUAUGGGUUCGGGCUGGACGAGAAUCUACUUGAUCCGAUGGCGGACUUUGAGUUCCUGACGCAAUGA